GAAUGAGGCAAAUGUUUAAGCGUAAAGCUGACUAUGAUCUACUUUCGUUUUCAUUCUGACCGGGUGCCAGCUACUGGUGAUGUGAACAUAGCAUCAGAAUGGAAUGUUGGGCGGCUUUGUGUGUUAUUCUGGGUUGUAUUGGUAUGCACCUUGUCCUCUGUUCCGGUGAUAAGAAGACACAUACAGAUUUUGUACUGAUAGGAGCAGGUGGUGAUCUGGCUAAGAAGUACCUGUGGCAGAGUAUGUUUCAGCUAUUUAUCAAUCACGCCAAUGAUAACACCACGUUUAAUUUCUAUGGAUGUGGCCGAUCCAAUUAUGAGGAGGGGAGAGAUUUGAUAGAUAAUAUUCUACAAAAACAUAUCAGUUGUGAGUUCAUGUCUUACAGUGAUCUAUGCGAAAAGAAGAAAGUAAGUUUUUCAAAAAUCGUUCGGUACUUUCCCCUUAAGACAGAUUUGGACUUUCAAAACUUUGGACUUCAUCUUGAAAUGGGUGAUAGUAAUGAAGCGGUAGAGGUUGGGCGAAUUAUGUACAUGGCUAUUCCUCCCAGUGCUUAUGCCUCUAUGGCUGCGAAGAUGUGGGAGUGCUGUUACGGUAAAGCACCAAUGAUGUGGAAUCGACUCGUCCUGGAAAAGCCGUUUGGAAGUGAUUACCAGUCAGCUGUAAAAAUGGCAGAGGAGAUAGCAAAAUAUUACAAAGAGGAAGAGAUAUACAGAGUAGACCAUUACCUGGGAAAAUCUGUUGUAAAACAAAUACUUCCAUUCAGACACGCCAACAGAGAUAUCCUAGAACCGCUACUGACCAGUGACCACGUGUCACGAGUAGAGGUCGUCAUGAAGGAAACUAUUGGUGUACAGGGAAGAAUUGACUUUUACGAUCAAUAUGGAAUAGUUAGAGAUGUGAUGCAAAACCACUUGACAGAGUUACUGGCCCUUGUUGCCAUGGAGCUACCAGACGAGAUCACCAAUACUGAGCAAGUUGAUAAGAGUAGGCUACGAGUAUUGUCACAGAUAAAAUCUGUCAACAAAAACAGCGUUUUGAUUGGUCAGUAUGCUGACUACGUCAUGCAGGCACAGUCAGAAAAAGAAAAUGUGACAAUGUCGAAAUUUACACCUACCUUUGGCGCUGCUCGUGUUGAAGUGAGGAAUCGACGUUGGAGUGGUGUUCCCUUUAUUUUAGUUUCAGGAAAACAUCUAGAUGAACGCUCAAGUUUUAUUCGUGUUGUUUUCAAAGAAAACGAUUUUUGUAUAUCCGGCUGCCGACAUCACAAUGGAAGCCAUUGGAAAGGACAAAAACAGAUUAUUUUCCAAAUUGGCCAUGGUAACUUACCAUCAGCUGGUAUUAUGGUUUCAAAGGACCUUUUAAACCCUGCAUUGCCCUCAUCCCUGAAGGACUUACCAGUGACGGCGGACGAUAUCGCCAUGUAUGGCCAGAGUUUGAAUGAUCUGACCUUCCUCGUUCCCAAAGACAACCAGCCGGCUUAUGUGACUGUUGUCGACGACAUGUUUUUAGGGAGACGUGAGAGUUUUGUUGCAAAAGAGCGUCUUCUGAGUCUGUGGCGCCUCUGGUCACCGGUGCUGAAUGACCUUCAGGGCAUCGCUCCACGUUUGUAUCAACGUGAAGAGGACCGGUCACUUAACUUCAAACUAACCUCCAAUGGUCUUCAGUAUAUGUUCACUGAUAAAUUCAAUGCAAUUUUAGAAAGUACAUAUGGCCAGCAAUUCUCGUCUCUACCCGCCAGCUAUCUCGAUCAGCAACUAGUAAUAAAGCCAACAGAGGAUAUUCUCAUCCAUGCAGCUGCUGAAUAUAUACUUAAUGCUAUCAAUGAACGCUUAAAGGUUAAGGACGAUAUCAACAUUGCAUUUUCGGGUGGAAAUUCUCCCACAAAGUUAUUUCAAAUUUUAGUAGACAAAUAUCAGCAGAUUCCAUGGGAAUUUAUUCACAUUUGGCAGGUAGACGAAAGAUGCGUCUCCCGUCAACUAGAUGGAUCAAAUUUCAAAUUAUUGCAUGAUCAUCUGAUUCGGAACAUUCGUGUACCUUAUAUGAAUGUGCACCCUAUGACUGUAGAGGUAGCGGACCGUGUGUGUAGUCCUGGUGAUAGAGGCAAUGCCAUAUACGAAGAAGAAAUCCGACAUCACAUUCCUGAUCUUCAGUUCGACUUAAUCCUUCUCGGAGUAGGUUCUGAUGGACAUACUGCUUCACUCUUUCCAGGCAAGUCUCAUGAAGGGUCAUCACUUGUUGCUAUGGAUACAGUAAAAGCUAGAAUGACUUUGACCUUACCUCUAUUAAAUAAAGGGAAACAAAUACUAGUUUUAGUAACAGGAAGUAAGAAACAUGAUAUUUUAAUGACACUUCCUGAUGAUAAGAAGACGGCCACAGACUAUCCGAUACUAGGAGUGAAGCCUGUGGUGGGAAAUGUCACCUGGUUUGUAGACUAUGAUGCAUGGUUUGGAACUAGGUAAAAUAAUGUCUGUUGUCGGUCUGGCAUCACUUGUUUGCUUUCGAUUUCUUUAUUUCUGAGUAAUUGGAAAGGCUGUGGUAAUGCUAUUUGACCAGAAGCAUGCUUGGAUGAAUGACAUUUUACACUUUCUAUGUCACAAGGACCAAAUUCGUCGAAACUGUCCAAAACAUUCCAUAGCAUGAAGCCUAGGGGGAUAAUAUUGGCCAGUUGCAAGAUGGGAUGAAAAUAAAUUCAGUUCAUUCAAAAUCUAAUAAAUGUAAAUGCCCUUUUCUGGUUUUCAAGGUCACGUGGAUAAAAUUUGUUUCCGGAUUCAGAUGAAUACUUUAGCCUGUAGUUUGCUAGGACAACAGACCAUCAAGUUUGCUGAAAUAAACGACCUUCACCUACGAUUUAAGUCAAAGUGGUUAAAAGUGUGGAAACCAUUUGAAUGACUUCUUCUGAAUACCCAACAUACCUUGGGUCAUGGUAUUAAGCCUGUGGCAUGCUAGGAUGAAGAGUCAUCAAGAUUGCCUAUAUGAAUGCCCUGGAGUCACUUUCAACUUAGCAUUGGGGUCACAUGUUUAAAUCAUUUUGAUGACUUCUUGUGCAAAACAAAUAAGCAUUGGGUCAUUAUUUUUCGCCUGUGGUAUGCUAGGAUGGAGGAUCAUCAAUCUUGUUAAAAAUACCUUGAGCUACUUUCAACUUAACAAGGGUAAAAUGUGUUUAAAACCUUUGAAUGACUUCUUGUGUAAAUCCGAAAGGCCCUGGGUGAUGCUAUUCGUCAAAAUGCAUGAUAGUUGGAAUUAUAUCAUUGCCAUUUGUUCAUAUUUAGUUUUCCUCUGUUUUCACAUCUUUCUAUGUAAAAUUGUUCUUCUAAAUCUUCAAGCCACAUGACUUGAUAAUAUUGUGACAGAAUGGUGUUUCGUCUCUUAAAAUGCAUAUAGAUCUCUAUGUAAAGCUGGCGAACGUUUCUCCAGUUGGAAUAACAGAAAACAGAUUCAUUCAGUACAACUUACUUAGCGAUUUACUUGUGAAAAUGUCAUAUCACUGAUUGACAAAAGCACAUGUUACAGUGGGUAGCCAUAUUGUAAGUAAAUGGCAGGAAUUGGAGCUCGUCAAUUGGACGUUAGCUUUGUCCUUUUCUUAGGAAAUACUUCCUAUUAUGAAUUUAGAUAGGGAAUUAGAAUGCUUCGUUCUUAGUGAAGGUAUAUGAGUUAUCAGAGUAAUGUCAAUGCUUUUCUGGGAGUUUAUUACGAUUAAUUAGAGUUAAUAUUAUCUUAAGAUUAAUAUCACACAAUUAUAAAGACCAUACUAUUUUGGACAAGUUCGAAUUUCAGGGUUGUUGGGUCAAGGUCACUGUCACAAUUUUUAGGAAAUUUAUUGUCAGCCCUCUAGCGGCUUCAUUCCUGGAGGGAUUUUGAUCAAAUUUCACACAAUUACAAAAGACCAUACUAUCUCGGACACGUUUGAGUUUCAGGGUUGUAAAGUUGAGGUCAAGGCCAACGUUUCUUUUAACACAAAAUCCUGGACAAGUUGAAGCCAGUGAUGGACUGAUGGUCGAUGUAUAAUAAUAGAACAUCGAUCGAUAUGUCCUGUUCGAUUCCGAUUAACGAUAACAAAUUCCAUAAUCGAUAUAAUCGGUUCAUUACUGAAUUUUAAGUGUCAAAUGUGUAUGUAAUAUGCAGUAUACAUGGAAACUCAUUUAUUCUGAUUUCUUUUUACAAAAUGAUUGAUGGCAAUGUAGAAUAGAAAAAAUUACAUUAAAAUCAGUUACAAGAUAGUUGUAUACUUUUCAUUUCCCCAAAGUAACACCAAAGGGCACCAUUUUUAUAAAUCAUUACAGUGUUAUAGCUAGCGGGGGCCGGUAGGGGACAUGUAUUGCUUUAGCAAUACUCAGUAUGCUUGUUGAAUUUAUUUGUGUUUUAUGUUCUGUAGUCUAAUUGUGGUAUAUGCAUCUCAAUGACUAUCUGUGUAAACUAUAGGAAUUUUAGGGACGUUUCGAGAGAUGCCAGAAAUAGUAUUCCAAAUGUUUAUGAAAGGGUUAGGCGUUAUGUAGAACUUGUCAGUGAUUAUAAGUAAAUUGUAUAGCUUGCAUGUACCUUUUCUACAUGGAGAGGUAAAUAGGUUUUCUACCAUUUAGAUUUCACUACAUUAAUAUGGAUGUGAAUAUUUGAUAGAGUGGUCUGAUGUACUUUUGUCAUUUGUAUGAGAUUAUUGUUUGAGCAUGUGAGAUUGGUGUAUGCAUUAGAGGCGAGCUAUAAUCUUACAGUGUUCAACACAUUGUUCAUUUGUGUACUUCAUGUAUUUUAUUUGCCCUUUAAAUAAAUGGUCAAGUUUGAA